CCGGGCCGCCUGCGCCGCCCGGGCCCCGCGGCUGCCGCAGCAUUCCCGGGAAGAACAGAAUGACUGAGAACAUGAAGGAGUGCUUGGCACAGACCAAGGCAGCUGUGGGGGACAUGGUGACGGUGGUGAAGACAGAGGUCUGCUCGCCUCUCCGAGACCAGGAGUAUGGCCAGCCCUGCUCUAGGAGACCAGACCCCUCGGCCAUGGAAGUGGAGCACAAGAAACUGAAGGGGAAGCGAGACCUCAUCAUGCCCAAAAGUUUCCAGCAAGUGGACUUCUGGUUCUGUGAGUCCUGCCAAGAGUACUUCGUGGAUGAAUGCCCGAACCAUGGUCCCCCGGUGUUUGUGUCUGACACGCCAGUGCCCGUGGGUAUCCCAGACCGGGCUGCCCUCACCAUCCCACAGGGCAUGGAGGUGGUCAAGGACGCCAAUGGGGAGAAUGAUGUGCGGUGCAUAAAUGAGGUUAUCCCCAAAGGCCACAUCUUCGGCCCCUAUGAGGGGCAGAUCUCCACCCAGGACAAGUCAGCUGGCUUCUUCUCCUGGCUGAUCGUGGACAAGAACAACCGCUACAAGUCCAUAGAUGGAUCAGACGAGACUAAAGCCAACUGGAUGAGAUACGUGGUCAUCUCCCGGGAGGAGAGGGAGCAGAACCUGCUGGCGUUCCAACACAGCGAGCACAUCUACUUCCGGGCGUGUCGGGACAUCCGGCCUGGGGAGCGGCUGCGGGUUUGGUACAGCGAGGACUAUAUGAAGCGCCUGCACAGCAUGUCCCAGGAAACCAUCCAUCGCAAUCUGGCCAGAGGAGAGAAGCGGUUGCAGAGGGAGAAGGCUGAGCAGGCUCUGGAUGACCCAGAGGACCUGAGGGGUCCCAUUCACCUCCCCGUGCUGAGACAGGGCAAAAGUCCCUACAAGCGCGGCUUUGACGAGGGGGACAUGCACCCUCAGACCAAGAAGAAGAAAAUUGACCUCAUUUUCAAGGACGUGUUGGAGGCCUCACUGGAAUCCGCAAAGGUGGAAGCCCACCAGCUGGCACUGAGCACUUCGCUGGUCAUCAGGAAGGUCCCCAAACACCAGGGCGAUGCCUACGGUCGGUGUGCAGUGACCAUGUCUCAUGGUGUGCAGAAUGUCAGCAGGACUCAGGGGGAAGGGGACUGGAAGACCCCCCAGGGGGCUGCUUCUACGGAGCCAGGCCCUUUGGAAGAUGAAGAAGAGGAACCUUCGUCAUUCAAGGCCGACAGUCCGGCUGAGGCCUCUCUUGCAUCUGACCCUCAUGAGCUUCCCACCACCUCCUUUUGCCCUAAUUGUAUUCGCCUAAAGAAGAAGGUUCGGGAACUCCAGGCAGAACUAGACAUGCUUAAGUCUGGGAAGCUUCCUGAGCCCCCUGUAUUGCCAGCACAGGUACUGGAGCUCCCAGAGUUCUCAGACCCCACAGCCUCAGAGAGCAUGGUCUCUGGCCCCGCCAUCAUGGAGGAUGAUGACCAGGAGGUCGAUUCAGCAGAUGAAUCCGUGUCCAACGACAUGAUGACUGCCACCGAUGAGCCCUCCAAGAUGUCGUCUGCCACUGGGCGGCGAAUCCGGCGCUUUAAGCAGGAGUGGCUGAAGAAGUUCUGGUUCCUGCGGUACUCCCCGACCCUCAACGAGAUGUGGUGCCACGUCUGCCGCCAGUACACGGUGCAGUCCUCACGCACCUCGGCCUUUAUCAUCGGCUCCAAGCAGUUCAAGAUCCACACCAUCAAACUGCACAGCCAGAGUAACCUGCACAAGAAGUGCCUGCAGCUGUACAAGCUUCGCAUGCACCCUGAGAAGACAGAGGAGAUGUGUCGCAACAUGACCCUGCUCUUCAAUACUGCCUACCACCUGGCCCUCGAGGGCAGGCCCUACUUGGACUUCCGGCCCCUGGCUGAGCUCCUGAGGAAGUGUGAGCUCAAGGUGGUGGACCAGUACAUGAACGAGGGAGACUGCCAGAUCCUGAUUCAUCACAUCGCCCGGGCACUGCGGGAAGACCUGGUAGAGCGCAUCCGCCAGUCGCCUUGCCUCAGCAUCAUCCUGGAUGGGCAGAGCGAUGACCUGCUGGCCGACACGGUGGCUGUCUACGUCCAAUACACCAGCAGCGAUGGGCCCCCAGCCACGGAGUUCCUAUCCCUGCAGGAACUAGGGUUCUCUAGCACAGAGAGCUAUCUCCAGGCGCUUGAUCGAGCCUUUUCUGCCUUGGGCAUCCGGUUGCAGGAUGAAAAGCCAACUGUUGGCUUGGGCAUAGAUGGGGCCAACAUCACAGCCAGCCUGCGUGCCAGCAUGUUCAUGACGAUCCGCAAGACGCUGCCCUGGCUGCUGUGCCUGCCCUUCAUGGUGCACCGGCCCCACCUGGAAAUCCUAGAUGCCAUCAGUGGGAAGGAGCUCCCUUGUCUGGAGGAGCUGGAGAACAAUCUGAAGCAGCUGCUGAGUUUCUACAGGUACUCGCCACGACUCAUGUGCGAGUUACGGUCCACAGCCUCCACCCUCUGUGAGGAGACAGAGUUCCUGGGGGACAUCCGGGCCGUGAGGUGGAUCAUUGGUGAGCAGAAUGUUCUCAACGCCCUCAUCAAGGACUACCUGGAGGUGGUGGCCCACCUCAAGGACGUCAGCAGCCAGACCCAGCGGGCGGAUGCCUCGGCCAUCGCCCUGGCCUUGCUGCAGUUCCUCAUGGACUACCAGUCCAUCAAGCUCAUCUACUUCCUUCUGGAUGUGAUCGCUGUGCUCUCACGCCUGGCCUACGUCUUCCAGGGCCAGUACCUCCUGGUGUCCCAGGUGGAUGACAAGAUUGAGGAGGCCAUCCAGGAGAUCAGCCGACUAGCUGAUUGCCCAGGAGAAUACCUGCAGGAGUUCGAGGAGAAUUUCCGCGAGAGCUUCAAUGGGAUUGCAAUGAAGAACCUCAGGGUGGCCGAAGCCAAGUUCCAGUCCAUCAGGGAGAAGAUCUGCCAGAAGACCCAAGUGAUCCUGGCUCAGAGGUUCGACUCCCGCAGCCGGAUCUUCGUGAAGGCCUGCCAGGUGUUUGACCUAGCCGCCUGGCCCAGGAACAGUGAGGAGCUCAUGAGCUACGGCAAGGAGGAUAUGGUUCAGAUAUUCGAUCACCUGGAAGCCAUCCCGACCUUUGCCCGGGAUGUCUGUAGGGAAGGGCUGGACCCCCGGGGGAGUCUGUUAAUGGAGUGGCGAGAACUUAAGGCCGAUUACUAUACCAAAAAUGGCUUCAAAGACCUGAUCGGCCACGUUUGCAAAUACAAACAGAGGUUUCCGCUCUUGAACAAGAUUAUCCAGGUCCUCAAGGUCCUCCCCACCUCCACCGCUUGCUGCGAGAAGGGCCGAAAUGCCCUGCAGCGAGUUCGCAAAAACCACCGCUCCCGCCUGACCCUGGAGCAGCUCAGUGACCUGUUGACAAUCGCAGUAAACGGCCCGCCCAUUGCCAACUUUGACGCCAAGCGAGCUCUGGACAGCUGGUUUGAGGAGAAGUCUGGCAACAGCUACUCUCUGUCUGCCGAGGUCCUCAGCAGGAUGUCUGCACUGGAGCAGAAGCCGGUGCUGCAGACCGUGGACCACGGGUCAGAGUUCUACCCGGACAUUUAG